CUGCGCCCGCCGCUCCGCUUUAGCAGCCGCCGCUGCUCCCCUGCGCUCCGCUCCCGCGGGAGACUGCGCGGGUCGGGGGCGGAGCUGUCCCGCGCCAGCCAUGGCCUAGCGGGAGGCGGACAGGCUGUCCGGGGCAGAAGAUGAGUUUCCCCGCGGAGGACGGUGUGGGCAGUCUCUGCCACAAGGCACUGCAGAUCAUCUCGGAGCUGUGUCUGGGCGGGCAGGUGGAGCGGGAGAAGUGCGCCGGUAUCUUCCCCCUGGAGACCUCCCGACAGGGCAUCAGCGGCACAGACAUUUCAGUCAGUCUCUUAGCAGUAGUCGUCAGCUUCUGUGGGCUCGCCUUGCUGGUAGUCUCGCUUUUUGUCUUUUGGAAGUUGUGUUGGCCCUGCUGGAGAAGCAAACCUCUCACUUCCAAUGCCAGUAAUGUCUCACAGGGCAACUCCAGUGCUCCUGCAGAGGUUUUUGAGAACAGUGAGAAAAAGGAAGUUAAAGAAAAUGAGAAACCUACGACAAAAGUCCUUGAAGCUGCACUGAAGAUUAGCCACACUUCACCUGAUAUACCAGCAGAGGUCCAGAAUGCAUUAAAAGAGCAUCUAAUGAGACAAGCACGCAUGCAGCGGCAGAUCACUGAGCCCACGUCAUCAUCAAGGCACAAUUCUUUCAGGAGGCAUUUGCCAAGGCAGAUGCAAGUGUCCAGUGUUGAUUUUAACAUGGGGAUGGAUCCAGUUUUGCAAAGGGGAGAGACAACAACCAGCAUUGGGAGAAUAAAACCAGAACUCUACAAACAGAAGUCUGUGGAUUCUGAUGGACAAGAAGAAGAUGUGAAAACAUGUGGAAAACUUAACUUCACUCUCCAUUAUGAUUAUGAGAAUGAUCUUCUGGCUGUCACAAUUGUCAAGGCCUUAGACCUGCCUGCUAAAGACUUCACAGGAACGUCUGAUCCCUAUGUUAAGAUUUAUCUGCUUCCAGAUAGAAAAAAGAAGUUUCAGACACGAGUUCACAGAAAGACAUUAAAUCCUGUCUUUGAUGAAACCUUUCAGUUUCCUGUAGCUUAUGACCAACUCAGCAACAGGAAAUUGCAUUUCAGUGUUUAUGAUUUUGACAGAUUUUCUAGACAUGACAUGAUUGGGGAAGUUAUUCUUGAUAACCUUUUUGAAGUCUCAGAUCUCUCCAGGGAAGCCAAUGUAUGGAAAGACAUCCACUGUGCCACUACAGAGAGCAUAGACUUGGGUGAGAUCAUGUUUUCCCUUUGUUAUUUGCCUACUGCUGGGAGAAUGACAUUAACAGUCAUCAAAUGUAGGAACCUGAAAGCAAUGGAUAUAACUGGUGCAUCAGAUCCCUAUGUCAAAGUGUCACUGAUGUGCGAGGGUCGAAGACUCAAAAAGCGGAAAACUACCACAAAGAAGAACACACUCAAUCCUGUUUAUAAUGAGGCUAUCAUCUUUGAUAUCCCUCCAGAAAAUGUGGACCAGGUCAGCCUUUCCAUUGCAGUGAUGGAUUACGAUCGAGUUGGGCACAAUGAGGUCAUUGGGGUAUGUCGGACAGGAAUUGAUGCUGAAGGGCUUGGAAGAGAUCAUUGGAAUGAAAUGUUGGCUUACCCACGUAAACCAAUAACUCACUGGCAUCCACUAGUAGAGUUACCUGGACGUGCAACCAGUUUUGAUAGCCAGGGAUCUGGAUCAUCACCCAAACCACUGCUUACACCCUAAAGAAAAAGAGUGGUCUCAUCGUGUUCCAUGCCCAAAGAUUCCUUGUAACUCACUUCCACAUAAACAGAAGGUUUGGCUUCUACAAAUGAACAGUAUCCAUAUUUUUUAUUAAAAUACAUUUUUCCUAUUCUAAAUCUUAUAUUAGGGUUUGUAAUUUCUUAACAUAGAAAUGAAGUUGACUUGAGCCAAAUAUAACCCUUAUACAAAUUUAUUCAUCUGUUUUGUCACUGGCAUAUAUCCAGCAUCAUCCAAGCAGUGUUUCAAUAUGACCUAUAUCUUUGCAUAGACAAAGAAGUCAGAAAAAAAAUCCCUUAAGUAAUUCAAAACCACUGCAGCUUGUAACACCUAAUUCUGUUGAGGUAGAGUAAAUAACCAUAUGUAGCUCAUGAACUAAAUUUCUUCUAAAUUGCACUAAAACCUCUGUGACUUCUCAAGAUAAUUCUUGAAAUGGAAUGUUGCACAAAAAAAACCUGUUGUUGUGCUUUGAGUAUUUGGAAAACCAGUUCAUUCCUUGAGCAGGGAAGAAGGGCUGAUCAAAAACACACUGAAGCCAACAAGAAGGACACUAGUGGCUUCACUGGGUUUUAGUUCAGCCUUUAUGGAACAGGUCUCGCAACUGGAUCUAUGCAGUUAUAAUCUUCCAUCAGUCAUGAUGAUGGCUACCCCUAAAGUAACUCAUUAGCCUGACCAGCAAAAACAACCAGGCACUUUUGUCCAGGUAAGCAGAUGCACUCAGCAGCUGUUUUCUUUCAGCUACCUACCAGCUGAUGAAGAGUUAGCUUGGAUGUCUCUGCAUGGCACUAGACUGUGCAUAUAUGGGUACUGUGGAAAGCUAAUGUGUCUGCAGUGAAAGGUGUGGAAGUUAAUGCAGCUCCACAGAGAACUACACGUCUCCAGAUGAAGUACAUCCAACCUUUCUGAAGCAGCUCAUUUGCUACUCUGAAGUAAAGAAAAUGAUUUAUUGUAUCACUGAUGUUCAAAAAGAAUUGACCAAAAACUACAGUUGCACACAAUGUUUUUCUGAUUCGUGAUUUUCUGUGGCAGUGAUAUUUCUUUGAAGUUACUGUGUGUGUAAUCGUAUAGCUCAUAUGGAAAGGUUUCUGGUCCCUUGGAUGCCUCUAUAAUUGUAUGCUAGUUAUUAAUUCAAUAUACAUUUUAUGUCAAUAUGAGGAGAGAGAAAUUGAAACACAGCUAUUUUCUAAACUAGUAUUGGAAUACACAGUGACAGCAAAUGGAAUUAAAACCAUUGGCUGAAGUGAGCUGCUUUAAAGACUAGAAGAGAACCACAUAUUGUUUGCAGAUUUAACUCUUUUUUUUUAACACUGCAGUUUGCCUCAAAUAGUUUUGUUUGUUUGUGUGUGCUUGUUUUUCUAUUUUUUCUUAUUUGUGAAGAGCACUGCAAGAACUGCAUUAUCAGGGCUGAGACUUUGAAAGCUGAAAAAUGUUGAAGCAAUGACUUUUAUGUGUUUCUUUGUAAAGAAAACUGAGAAUAUAGUAUUUUUGCAAAAUA